GGAUCACAAAGGACUACUAUAGCUUUCGUGUUGGCAACAUCAAGUGGCUUUAGGAAAGGAAAUUACCGAAAGCCAAAAGAUGGAUAAGAGAUUGCUGAGUAUUGGGCUUCUUCUUGCACUGGUUUUCAUCCUCUCGACAUGGACUUCUGAAGCGAAACAUCACAGACAUCACCAUCUUAAAAACAUACUUCGACACAAAAUACAAAAACACGAAACGGACAAGAAAGUAAAAGACAAAGCAGAAGAUAAAACAGAGGAUAAACCAGAAGAAGAUGCGAGUGGAAGUGGAAUCGAAAAGGAUAGCGCGCCUGAUUCUGAAGAAGAUGAUAAAGACGAUGAAGAGACCAGAGAAGAGAACUUGAGAGAUGAAGAAGAAGCCAAAGAAAGGGAAGAAUCAGAGAAAAGGUCCAGGAAGAAAUUGCACGAUGAAGUCGAAGCGGACAAAGGAUCUCUCAGAGAACUUCUAGACUCAAGCAUAGAAAACCUUGCCAAAGCAGGAAAAGCAAUUCAGGCUAUCUUGGACGCUACAGGAAAAAAUAAAGUAAGCCAGACUUGUCCUGGAACAUGCCCGGAUGUAUGUGCACCCGGAUGUAUCUCGACCUGUUGCAAUCCACCAGCAAAUCCCGUGGCCCAAGCCGCGGGCCAAGCUCCGUACCCUAGUGCUUAUCAACCUGAUCCAUAUCAAUAUGCAGCAGCUCAACAACAGUACAGCCAGUAUGGUCAGCUACCUCAGGCUGCACAAGCUGCACAGGUUCCUCAGGCACUCCCAGCUCCCCAGACACCCCAGUACCCUCAUCAACCAGCAGCGCAGCAAUGUCCACAGCAGUGCUCUGUGAUCCCUUGUCCUAGCGCCUGCCCACAAAGCUGCUGUAGUGCACAACCACAGUAUCCUCCGCCCGCGCAACCGGCGAUGAGUGCACCAAAUUUCCUGGUCCUUCCUCCCGCUCCAAAGAAACCAAACAACACCCAGUCGUCCAGCUGUGCUUCACCAUGCGCUCAAUCGUGUGCUCCUGCCUGUCUCCCAAGUUGCUGUUCCCCCUCCAUGGGCAUGCAAAUGGGAAUGCCUUAUCCACAGCAACCACCAAUGAUGCCCCAAAUGCCUCCGAUGGCUCAGAUACAACAACAAAUGCCACAGCAAGCAUGCCCACAGGCGUGCCAGCCUGCUGUACCUGGCGGAUGUGCACCACAAGCUCAAUGCCCUCAGCAAUGUUGCCCUAAAGGGCGCAGAUGAAUUUCCGUUUAACUUCAACAAUAUUCGCUCAUGAUAAGUAAUAGGAUGAAAAAGAAAUCAAAAAUAUUUCUACGAAAGGUAUACUGUUGGAUCUUGGGAUAAUGUCUAACGAGUUUAUAGAAGGUGUAGCUGUGGGAACAUCUGUCUAGACUUAUGGCCUGUGUUCAUAGGUACGUGAUGAACUAUAGAAAGACUUUGCUUUGAGAGUUAUUUUAUCGUUAGAAUGCUUUAUGCGAUAUUAGAUGAGUUAGUUUAAGCAUGCAAUUUAUGCAGAAACGGCAAACACCAAAAGGAACUCCGAAAGUACAAAGUCCCCACUUGUCCCAGUUGUCCCCAGCAUUUGUAUCAAAAUCUCAAAUUCUCAGUUCAUGCAAUCCUUUUGAAUCAAAUGUGUACAAACAGCUGAUUCAGAAAUAAGACUAUCAGAAGUUCAAUUUUUGCCACUCACCAUUUCCUGUCUGACGAAAGAGUCGUGGUCUUUCUCUCUCACGGGCUGAUUGCUCUUCACAUAAUUACUGAAUAUAGAAAAACUGGUAGACGUCUAUAGAAAUUGAAAUUGGUACAACCAGUAAAAUGCUAACAUUUAGACCCGUUUGUGUAAAGAAUGCCGUCAUGACAAGAUGAAAUUAAAAGUUACGAGCAUCUUUACGAGGCUCUUUCUCACAUUCGUAAAGUGUCAGAAAUUGUAAUCGGGUAAUACAUCAAUUAACAUCACUUACUUUUCAAAGUUAUGCAUUUUUUUUUAGGUCUCGCCUUACAUUUUUUGUUUUGUAUUAUUCUCAGAAAUGAGUAAAAGUUUUCAGAGCCUUGUGUCAAUGAAGCUAAAGGCGGCAUAAAAACAAUGUUUAGAAAGUGUACACCAAAUAAAUCGUCGUGAACAGACCAUGACCCCUGUUGAGGGAAAAUAUCACAACUUUAAUUUUAAACAGACGAUGUUUUAAUAAACAGUGUUUCAGUCAAA